GUGUCAUUCCGCUGACUGACCUCCUUAAGGCAGUGUUCCCUAGAUUUGUGUGUUCAAGAAAAAGAAAGUGGCUGCAAAGUAUGGGGCAGAGAGCGUGCUUUCCACUCCUGUUAUGGGUUAGCUGACAAUAACACCAAAACAAUACACACGCUUCAAUUGGACAGAUGUCCGUGAGUUGUUGUGAUUCUGGAUGGCCAGAUAGCUACCAACAAUGACAAGAAACUGCCAUGUGGGGAUUGGGAAUCGUACUUUUGUAGGUUCGGGAGCUGAAGAAAUUCAUAUUGGUCCCUAAGACCCUCACGAACUUUUACAGGUGCACAGUUUAGAGCGUCCUGUCCAUAGGACGGCAACUGCACCGACCGCAACCGCAGGGCUCUCCAGAGGGUGGCGUGGUCUGCCCAACGCAUCACCGGGGGACACAUACAGCACCCGAUGUCCUUCAUGAUAUUUUUCGCCUUCCUGUGACAUCAACCAACCGAGCCACGGCCUGUUCACCCCUCUAUCAUCCAGAAGGCGAGGUCAGUACAGGAUACAUAUUUUCAGAUCCUACCAACUUCCCGCAACAAGGAGGGUUUCCCCAACGUUUGAAAAGUGAACGUGACACUACUCGAACGCUUCGUUCACUUUACCGCUUGCUCUUCAUAAAACUCCUCUGGGUUACUUUGCAUUCAUCGGGGUGGCAGUUUACAAUCAAAGAUGUACCGGAACUUUGGGGACAUGGGCCGCGGAGGCAGCUCUACGUACCCCAACAGCGACUCUGGGUCCCCACACACCGGAUCGAGCGCUGUAUCCCAGGACACCAGCACCUCAACCACUCAACAACAUCAGAAGUUCACUGUGGCAGGAGGCAGUCAGUUUAUUCCCAGUCUCAACGACAUCACUUCCAACCAAGACCUCCAGUGGUUGGUCCAGCCCUCCCUCAUCGGUCCAGCUGGCCCCUCGCGGCCUCCACGUCCUCCUUACCCACCUGUAGCAGGAAUGAGGUCCUUCAACCCCUCACCUUCCCAACCACACCUUUACAGACCAGGGGUCAUAAGGGCCGCGGCAAGUUCUGGAAGCACGACCAGACGCAGGAACGAUGAACAUUUGUCCCCAGAGGAGUUGGCAAGACGCAGAAUAAGGAGGGAGCGAAACAAACAGGCAGCUGCCAAGUGUCGUAACCGCCGACGUGAGCUGACAGACACGCUGCAAAGUGAGACAGACGAGUUGGAAGUUAAAAAGUCCCAUCUGCAGAAGGAGAUUGCUCAACUACAGAAGGAGAAAGAAAAGCUAGAGUUGGUCAUAGAGGCCCACCGUCCCAUUUGCAAGAUCCAGGACUCUGACUUGGAUUCUGACCCAAGCUCAGGGCUUCCCUCAUUAGGAAUUAAAAUCGAGCCUGAGGACCUACCACGGUCCUCAGUAAAGAGCCAAUCAAAGAUUAAGAAGCCCAAACCCCAAAUUAUUAUCCCUGCUCGUCCUGUGACAUCCUUUACCGUCCCCAUAGAAUCUGAGUCCCUUCACACCCCAAUUCUUAUUUCUACUCCAUCUCUUACUCCUUUCAUGGCUAGUCUGGUCUUCAGUUAUCCCUCUGGCUCUCUAGACUCCAGUUCCACUAGUUCAUCCCAGGCUCUACCGCCUCUGCCAUCUUCCUCUCAACAGGAUGUGGCCCAGCAGUCUCGAAACCCCCAGCCCUGUAGUAUUGCCCAUCGCCGUAGCAGCAGCAGUGGGGACCAAUCAGAUCACUCCCUAAACUCCCCUACCAUCUUCACACUGUGAUUUAACGGGCUUCCAUAUUGGAAAAGACUGAGUGACAACACUGGCAGUUAUGAAGAUGACGACGAUUAUGACAACGACAUGGGUGCCAUACAAAAGCUAACACACUGACACUCACAAAGCAUUAUGGUGACGCAAACGACUCAUAUUUAAAGGAUUGUAUUGUUACACUAUUUUUUUUGUUUUCCCUGAUGCAUUUAACAUCUGACUAACUAUGUGUUAUGCUCAAAACCCAAGAGGUAGAAUUGUGCAAAUGUUCAAACAAAAAUGCAUCAGCUUUGUGCACUUUGUCAAUAAUGGUGAUAUUUCUGAAUUUGAAAUGUAGGAACCACAGCAAUUUACUGAAGCCUUACAUGUUCUGUAUGAACACUGGCCUUUAUUACCUAUAACAACAUGGUAAUAAACACAUUGGUUUUGUUUUAGGAUAAUCAUACAUGCGUGCCAAGUUGUAAUCUUUCUCAUGUAUGCUAUUUUUAUAUAAAAAAAUGUAUACAUAUUGUAGUUUAAUACAAUAGAAUUUAUUUCAUUUAUGCAAAACCGCAUUAUUCUGGGAACAUAUAAGACAACUAAGGCAGGACCAUGGGAGUAAAUAUAGAAUAUAUAUAGACAUGUAUUUGAGUGUGUAGUGUAUAUUUUUGAUAAUGUGUUCUCUUUUGACUGUGGGUUUAUAGUGGGCAGUGCCUUCAUUUUGAUGCGAUCUUACAAAGCAAUGCAAUAAAAGACUAUAAAGACAAGGUUACGGAUGUUGAUUUGGUGGUGAUCAAGUAUGUUUGAUAAUGUACCGAUGCAAAUAUCACAUUGUCAAGUCCAAGCAAAUUCUAUGCUUUAAAAUAGUACAAAAGGGUUAAAGAAAAUUCCUUAGUGUUAAACCAAUUAGUUAGUAGUUCCAUUUUGAAUAGAUCCUGCUUGAUGCUGCUGCCUAGCAACCUUACAGAAGGGGGUAAUGGAUGCUGGGGAGGAAAGGGAGUGGCAAACUGGCCAUUCCUCUAUGGUUGUCCUUGUAAAAGGCAAAGAACUGGAUCACUGGCAGAUACAAACAGAUGAAAAGAACACAUUAACAUUUCAGAUGUGCCGAGUAUGAAAGAUAACGAGCAAGAAGAAAAUGAGGUCACAAUGAGACAUCUUGGUUUGAUUGAAUGGGAAAGCAUGUUUACAGUAAGAGGGAGUCCAGGAAAGUAGAGGAGUAGAUCAUAAUGAGUCUAGUAAAUGGAGAACUGUUUACCAUGACCCUGAUUCCUGAACACAAGAGUUCUCUUGUUACUGUACUUCUCGCAAAUGAAGUGAGUCACUCACUCACACGGGGCCCAGAGAGCAUAUGAUAAGUAUAGGGGUUAGAAGAGAGAGUGCCUAUGUGUGUUCCUCGCUGUCAAAGGAGCUCUCUGUGUUUCACUAAGUUGAUGAAAGUGUUACUGUCCACUCCAGAUCUCCUUGCUGUGCAAACAGGUCCAACAAUACAUCUGAUGAAUAUCCACAAUGUCAGGCUGUAUGACAUGGACAGGAACAUCAAUCAACUGCAGUCUGGGACAAACAGAUCGCGAGAUCAAUCAAUCACUCACGUUACACCAUGUAAAAUGGCCUUCCUGCACACACAAAGGUCAUAACACGAUUGAGUGUCUCAGCCAGUGUAUUUAAAGGUCUUCAAUGCACUACGAGCAGCCCACCAAUUAAAGCCAAAAAAGCAAAUCUUAUCCAAUCCAGGAGCAUGUUCUAUAUGCACAAAACAGAAAUGUGUAUUCAUUAAUGAAGUAAUACUGAUAGGUCAAGUUAAUGAAGACAAUGAGAGAGUAGCUCUACAGAAUUACCACAAAACAUGAGUUAUAUUGGGAUCCUGACUACUGGCAACUUAUACAGAGAAUGUGAAGCAGUUAUAAUAAACAUAACAAUAAUAAAGAAAUGUGUCUUGCCUAGUCGCCAGCAUCUAUAAAUCCAUCAUCUCGUAAACUCCAGUCUAGACCUACCAGUUUGAUACAAAAGUGGCUGGUUGAGAACUGCCUGGGCAGUUCAGUUCUGAGUGAGUUCAGUUCAUAGGUGCAGGUGUAAGACACAAACCAGCGGUGCCAUGUUUAG